UGACUCCCACAAAAUUAUUCUCAAACAGUCGCAAUGUCUCGUGGGAUCAACUUGGAUGCGGAUCUGGACGUGGUCCAAGGGGGGGACACCAAUUCGGUGGCCACCACGGCCACUUUGGAGGAGAGGCCAGGAAAGCCCAAGGUUCGGUUCUUCAGCAUUGGGCCGAAUACCUCCCAAGUGCGGUGUCCUCUGUGCCACAAAAAUGCCAAAAUCGAAACCAUUGAUAUGGGAGGAUGUUUCAGUCAACUAACCUGCCUGCUCUCCACCCUGUCACUUUGUUUCCCUAUCUUUGCCCUGGCCUGUGUCUACUACAGCUGCCUGCAGGGACGCCUGAAAACCAAACGCGCUUUCUGCAGCAAAUGCGGCGGACACUUGGGCUUCCACUGGCGUCCAGUCUAGUGGUUCGUCACCAUACUCGCAAAUUGAUCUAUAAAUAAACUAGCAGCUGUUGUCAAAUUUUUUAAUAAGUUA